AUGACGAGGUUAAGAUUGGAGCCGUUUUGGAUUCUGUGCAUGCUCGUCACCACGGUAAAGAUGUUGGAAUUUGGCGGCGCUCCCGGCCAGUGGGCACGCUACGCCCGCUGGGAGGCAGGAUCGGUCGGCGAGUUGAGCUUUAGCAUCAAAACCAACGUCAGCAAAGCCCUGGUCCUCUACCUCGACGACGGAGGCAACUGCGACUUCCUGGAGUUGCUGAUCGCGAACGGGCGCCUCCAGCUCCGCUUCGCCAUCCACUGCGCCGAACCCGCUACGUUGCACAUGGAGACGAGCGUGAACGACGACCGCUGGCACAUGGUUCUGCUAACCCGGAAUUUCAGGGAGACUCUUCUGAUGGUCGACGGCGAGACGAAGGUGGCGGAGGUGAAAUCGAAGAGGAAGGAGAUGGCGGUGGUGAGCGAUUUGUUCGUAGGGGGGAUCCCGCCCGACGUACGCCUCUCCGCCCUCACCUCCAGCACGGUGAAGUACGAGCCUCCGUUCCUGGGCCUCAUUUCCAACCUGAAAGUGGGGGAGAUACCGCCGAAUUUACUCAACAGUCAAGGAAUUCAGAGCGACCUGGAAUAUCUUUGCACCAAACAGAACCCAUGCUUUAACGGAGGAUUUUGCUCGAUCCAGUACGGGGAGGUUCACUGCGACUGCACCCACACGAGAUUCAAGGGGAAGUACUGCAAAGAAGUGGACGAGUACGCCGUGGAAGGUCUGGCGCACCUGACGUUAAACGACCAAGGUGACUCAUCUCAAGUCGGUAAGGAGGAGUCCGUGGCCACCUUCAAGGGCAAUGAGUUCUUCUGCUACGACCUCUCCAUGACCCCCAUCCAGAGCAGCACGGACGAGAUCACGCUCUCCUUCAGGACGCUGCAGAGGAACGGGCUCAUGCUCCACACGGGCAAAUCCGCCGACUACGUCAACCUGUCCCUGAAGAGCGGCGCCGUCUGGCUCGUCAUCAACCUGGGCUCCGGAGCGUUCGAGGCCCUGGUGGAGCCCGUCAAUGGGAAGUUCAACGACAACGCCUGGCACGAUGUCCGCGUCACCAGAAACCUGCGCCAGCACGCAGGCAUUGGACACGCUAUGGUGACCAUUUCGGUGGAUGGUAUACUGACCACCACCGGGUACACCCAAGAGGACUACACCAUGCUGGGCUCGGAUGAUUUCUUCUACAUCGGGGGGAGUCCCAACACGGCGGACCUGCCAGGAUCGCCGGUCAGCAACAACUUCAUGGGCUGCCUCAAAGAUGUGGUGUACAAAAACAACGACUUCAAGCUUGAACUCUCGCGACUCGCCAUCGAACGCGACCCCAAGAUCACCCUGAACGGAGACUUGGUUUUCCGCUGCGAAGACGUGGCCGCCCUGGACCCCGUCACCUUCGAGACCCCGGAAUCGUACAUCUCACUGCCUAAAUGGAACACCAAGAAAACCGGGUCUAUCUCCUUCGAUUUCCGGACCACCGAGCCCAGCGGUCUGCUCCUCUUCAGCCACGGUCGUCCACCCCAGGGCCCCAAAGAGCAGAAGCCAGGGAGGGAGCUGAAGACGGACUAUUUUGCGAUGGAGUUGUUGGAUGGGUACCUGUACCUCCUGAUUGACAUGGGGUCGGGGAAAACCAAGCUCAAGGCCAGCCACAAGAAGGUCAACGAUGGAGACUGGUGCCACGUGGACUUUCAGAGGGAAGGGAGGAAAGGUUCCAUCUCGGUCAACAGCCGCCAACUGCCCUUCAGCUCCCCCGAGGGCAGCGAGAUCCUGGACCUGGACAGCGAAAUGUACCUGGGGGGUCUCCCGGAAACCAAGUCCGACCUGAUCCUCCCUCCCGAGGUGUGGACCGCCCUGCUCAACUACGGCUACGUGGGGUGCGUCCGCGACCUCUUCAUCGACGGGAAAAGUCGAGACGUGCGCCGCCUGGCCGAGAUCCAGAGCGCCAUGGAGGUCAGCAGCUUCUGUACGCGGGAGCUGCAGAAGAGGUGCAGCAGCGCCCCCUGUGGCAACGGAGGACUGUGCAAGGAGGGCUGGAACCGCUACAUCUGCGACUGCACCGGCACGGGAUACCUGGGGACCAACUGUGAGAUCGAGGCCACCGUGCUGAGCUACGACGGCAGCAUGUACCUGAAGAUCAUCGUGCCGGUCACCAUGCACACGGAGGCGGAGGACGUGGCGCUGCGCUUCAUGUCCCAGAGGGCGUACGGGCUCCUCAUGGCCACCACGUCCAAGGAGUCGGCGGACACGCUGAGGCUGGAGCUGGACGGGGGCAGGGUCAAGCUCACGGUCAACCUGGAUUGUAUCAGGAUAGACUGUAGCCUCAGUAAAGGUCCGGAGACUCUGUUCGCGGGGCAGAAGCUCAAUGAUAACGAGUGGCACACGGUCAAAGUGGUGCGCAGAGGCAAGAACCUGCAGCUCUCUGUGGACAAUGUCACUGUGGAGGGUCAGAUGACUGGUGCCCACACGCGUCUGGAAUUCCACAACAUCGAGACGGGGAUCAUGACGGAACGCCGCUUCAUAUCCGUGGUCCCGUCCAACUUCAUCGGACACCUCCAGGGCCUGUCCUUCAACGGCGUGCCCUACCUGGACCAGUGCAAGAACGGCGACAUCUCCUACUGCGAGCUCAACGCCCGCUUCGGAAUGCGCCACAUCAUCGCCGACCCGGUCACGUUCCGAACCAAAGGGAGCUACCUGGCCCUGGCGACGCUCCAAGCCUACGCCUCCAUGCACCUCUUCUUCCAGUUCAAGACCACCACGCCCGACGGACUCAUGCUCUUCAACUCCGGCGACGGGAGCGACUUCAUAGUGGUGGAGCUCGUCAAAGGUUACGUCCACUACGUCUUUGACCUGGGGAACGGUCCGUCUCUGAUGAAGGGAAACUCGGACAAACCCCUCAAUGACAACCAGUGGCACAACGUGGUGGUGUCCCGGGACGCCAACAACGUGCACACGCUCAAGAUCGACUCACGCACCGUCACGCAGCACUCCAACGGGGCGCGCAACCUGGACCUCAAGGGAGAGCUGUACAUCGGUGGCGUGCACAGGACCACGUACAGUAAUCUGCCCAAACUGAUCGCGUCCCGGGACGGGUACCAGGGCUGCCUGGCCUCUGUGGACCUGAACGGGAGACUGCCCGACCUGAUCGCAGACGCCCUCCACCGGGUGGGCCAGGUGGAACGAGGCUGCGACGGACCAAGUACCACCUGUACGGAGGAGUCCUGCUACCAUCAGGGGGUGUGUCUCCAACAGUGGGAGGGCUUCACCUGCGACUGCACCAUGACGUCCUACGGGGGAUCCUUCUGCAACGACCCUGGGACGACGUACAUCUUCGGGCGCGGCGGAGCCCUCAUCACUUACACCUGGCCCCCCAACGACCGGCCGAGCACGCGGGCAGACCGGCUGGCCGUGGGCUUCAGCACUCAGCUCAAAGAGGCGGUGCUGGUCAGGGUGGAGAGCGCCAAGGGACUGGGAGACUACCUGGAGCUGCACAUAGAGCGGGGAAAGAUCGGCGUGAUCUUCAACGUGGGAACGGACGACAUAGCCAUCGAGGAGAGCGCGGUGAUGGUGAGCGACGGCAAAUACCACGUGGUGCGGUUUACGCGCAGUGGUGGCAACGCGACGCUACAGGUGGACAACCAGCCCGUCAUAGAACGUUUCCCGUCAGGGAACUUUGAUAAUGAUCGCCUGGCUAUUGCUAGACAAAGAAUCCCAUACCGUCUCGGUCGGGUAGUUGACGAAUGGCUACUCGACAAAGGCCGCCAGCUGACCAUCUUCAACAGCCAGGCGUUCAUCAAGAUCGGCGGCGGCGGUGGCGGGGAGAAGGGCCGUCACUUCCAGGGCCAGAUCUCGGGUCUGUACUACAACGGGCUGCAGGUCCUGAAGCUGGCGGCGGAGGGCGACCCCAACGUCCAGACCCAGGGCAACCUGCGCCUGGUGGGGGACGUGCCCUCGGUGCUCACCACGGACACCACCUCCACCACCCCGCUCGCCGACAUGUCCACCACCAUCAUGGAGACCACCACCACCAUGGCCACCACCACCACCCGCAAGCAGCGUUCGUCGCCCACCAUGAGGGACAGCGUCACACAGAACGCAGAUGACUUGCUUGUAGCUUCAGCCGAAUGUCCCAGUGAUGACGAGGACCUGGAGGAGUGUGAGCCUGGAAAUGGAGGUGAAUUAGUGUUGCCCAUAAUAACCGUGGACUCCCUAGACCCCCCCUCCAUCGCCACUCGCUACCCAGUAAUCCCCCCGCCCCCCACCACCUACCGCCCCUUCCUCACGCUGCUCGAAACCACCAAAGAGUCCCUCCCCUUGCCCAACGGCCGGCCCCCCUGCCCCAUGGACCAGGAGGACUGCGAGGAGCCCAUGGAGGUGUCGGCGUACGGCUCGGGGGAGAUGACCGAGUCGGAUGACGAAGAUUAUUACAAAAACGCCAUGGUCACCGACAGGACGGUCCUCCCCCCGCCACCCGCCGCCGCCGCGGAGGGGGGCGUGGUCGGGCAGAACCCCCGCGACCGCCACUUCUCCCGCCUGCCCAAUUCCAAAACGCCGGCGCAGGCGUCCACCCCGACCGCCCCGCCCGACCAGCUAAGCCCGCGACUCAAGCCCAACAGUAAUAACAUCCCGGCGGGCAAAAUGAACACGCGCGAUCAGGUCCUCCUACCCCCGACGCACCCCUCCUCCGACCCGGGGCACCGCAGAAUCCCCGGGAUCACUCACCCCCCGAAUUUCCCCCAUGUGCCCACUCCAGAUCCGACCUCUCCGGACCGAGGCCUGCCGGGAGCCGUGGAGGUCCAGCAGUCGAGCAGCACGACGGGGAUGGUGGUCGGCAUCGUAGCGGCGGCGGCGUUGUGCAUCCUCAUCCUGCUCUACGCCAUGUACAAGUACCGCAACCGGGACGAGGGCUCGUACCAGGUGGACCAGAGCCGCAACUACAUCAGCAACUCGGCCACGCAGAGCAACGGGACCCUGGUGAAGGAGAAACAGCCCAGCACUGCCAAAGCGGUCACCAAGAACAAGAAGAAUAAGGACAAGGAGUACUACGUGUGA